AUGGUCGCCACACGUCCGGAUCUAGCUGCUGCAGUGGGAUCAUUAUCCCAGUUCUCGUCCGACCCAUGCCCGACUCACUGGCAAGCUUUGAAGCGUGUGCUGAGAUACCUGCAAGCAACGCCCAAUCAUGGUCUUGAGUUUACACGUGAAGAAGGAAGCCGUAUCUGCGGGUACACCGACGCAGACUGGGCCGGCGACAUUGAGUCAAGACUAAGUACAAGCGGCUAUGUGUUCAUGAUGAACGGAGGAUGCAUCAGCUGGAAAAGCCAGAAACAACGGACGGUCGCGCUAUCUUCAACAGAAGCAGAAUACAUGGCGCUUUCCGAAGCAACCAAAGAAGCAGUAUGGCUCAAAGUGCUUUUGGGGGAACUUGGUGAGAUGACAAGCGACGAAGCGAUCAAGAUGUAUGAAGACAACCAAGGAUCAAUCGCUCUCGCCAAGAACCCGGAGUUCCAUAAGAGAACAAAACACAUCGACAUACGCUACCAUUUUGUGCGUGAGAAGGUGGAAUCAGGUGAAGUCGUUUUGGAGUAUUGCCCGACUCAAGAUAUGCUGGCAGACAUGAUGACCAAGCCGAUCGCCGCUGUACAAUUUGAAAACAUUCGCGAUCGACUUGGGAUCAAGGUGCCGCAGCUAACGAGUCGAGAGGGAGUGUUGAAAAGACAGCGGCUGUGA